AUGUGGGUUGCAUCAGCAUACCCCGUAUACUUGACUAUACCGUUGACUUUGGGCAUCUACAUUCCACUAUCUAUCAUAUUCACCCUUCCCGUGGACUAUGUCUCCCACAAUACCCAACUGACAGCCGAGAUAGCUUGGUUUGGGUUACCUGAUACUGUCAUUUUAUACAUUUGGAAAUCAAACUAUUGGAUCACCUUUAUUCUCACGUGGAUUAUAUUACCCAUGGUAUUAGAGUUUUACAGAUCGGGGCAUCACGACACUUACAGUAAAGUCAAGGAUGCCAUUAGGGAAAAUUUGAAGUUUCAAGUUAUCAUGAUCUCGGUCUCAUUGGUUGGCCUUAUCUACUUGUUGAUUGAAGUGGGACUCAAUUUGAAUCACUUGAAAUUGAUGAUCAUUGCCAUCUCCCAUGUAUACUCUUUGAUCUUGGCGACAUGGUUGAUGGGACAUGGAUUGACCAGUAUACCGCGCAACAAGUGGAUUCAGGGAUCAGUUGUCAAUGAUUUGAACCACCACUAUCUCAAACUCCCAAAACUUGUUGAUGAGUUGGAAGACAUAAGAAUCACGUUCAGGGAAGAUGUUUUGAAGGUUGUUGUUUUGAAACAAAACUACACUAGCGAAUCAAUUGAAGAUUUCAAGUAUCGCGAUUGGAUCUUGAAUUUGUACGACUCCGUGCCCGGUGAAAUUAGAGAGCAAGUGGAAAAGCAGUAUUUGCAUGAAAAUACAGUCAUUGAUCGCGAUCAAUUGAAUGAUCAGUUUAUGACCAACUUGAACUCGCUGUUUAAUCUGGAUUUGAAUAGGCUUAUUGGGUACCAAUCGGAGUUCAAUAGAAUAAUCUCGAAAAUUCUCAGGUUGGAAGACGUUUUGAACUCAGUCUCAUCACGAGAAUUGGUGUUUAGGGUGGACAACCACCGUGUCCUAUGGAGUCCUAGAUUUAACUUCAUUUAUUGGUACUACAUCAGACCCAUUUCCAACAAAAUUGCAGCAACGGUACUAGGGUUGGCGUCACUUGUGAUUUUGCAAUCUGAAUUCUUCCAUUCAACAAAAAUCUCAUUGAUGAAUGUAUUUGUCUACUCAACCGAUAUUCACAAUCACUCACUUGUGCAAUUUGCAAUUUCUUGUACAACAUUUUCCUACAUGUUGUUUGCCGCGUUGAACUCGUUGACACAGUUGAAAAUCUUCAACAUGUACCAUUUGGUGCCACGGAAUUCUGAUCCGGUACUGGCUUGCUGGUAUGCCAUGUACAUUGCGAGAUUGACAAUUCCGUUGAGCUACAAUUUUAUAACAUUGUUUGUCAGUCGAGAGUCCAUCUUUGAAAAGUGGUACGGUCAAUCAGUUCAUCUCACUGGGUUAUUCAAUUUGCUCAAUAACUGGAUUCCAAGGUUGAUUUUAGUACCAGUUUUGUUAGCAAUGUUCCAUGUCUAUGACAAGGUGAAGAAAAGACUUGGAUUUGGAGACUUUUACGACUCGUGGAUAUUAUUUGACGAAGAUGACGGGCAAGACAAUGGUGAUGACUUGAACAAACGGUCGGAUUUGGUGAUUGUUGAAGCAAAGAGAAUCGUUUCCAGAGAAUUGUCCCGCCGACAAAUGCAGCUACGCCCUUUCCAUUUGGCUGGGGGCAGUACCGACAACAUCAGCACAUUGAACCCAGCCGAUGUCAAUUAUGAAAGAAGAAGACAGGAGUUUAACAACUCACUUGCUAACAGGAUUGACAGUUCUCCAGAAGAAGAGCCUGUUUAUUACAAUGGCACAUUGAAUGCUGCUCCUUUGGACAAUGGUAUAUGGGGAAGAAUCAGUAAUACAGUUGGUGGUUUUUUUGAUAGGGGAAACCGCAACAGAAGCACGCAAAGACCGUAUAGAGACGAGCCGUUAGAUGAUUUCGAUUACGACAACGAUGCCAAUGAGAAUAUAGUAUUAUAG